CUAAGGGAAACUCGUAACUGAUAUAUAUAGAGGAAAUUUUCCCAGGUAUUGUCUUUAAACCCAUAUUUCGCUAUUUUGAGGCGUAUUGCAAGAAAGCGAGCCUUCACCAGAUCACCCUAGUCGGGAUUUUAGUCGGAAAAAAGGUUCUAGAUCGCCAGGAUGAAUCCUCAGCAGCGGAUUGCCGCUCUCGGAACAGACAAGGAAUUAAGUGACCUGCUGGAUUUUAGUGCGAUGUUCUCUCCACCUGUAAGUGGAGGUAAAAACAGGCCCACCACACUUGGAAGCAGUCAGUUCAGUGCAUCAGGUAUGGAUGAGCGGACCAACCAAGCGUCUUGGGCCCCAGGUGGCGAGUCCAGCCCUUCCUACGAGUCCGCCCGGGGUUUUGCAGACAGCCCUCAUUACGGUGAUCAUUUGAGUGACAGUCGAUUAGUGCCCCAUGAAGGAUUGUCUCCGACACCUUUUAUGAACUCGAACAUAAUGGGUAAAUCAGAGAGGGCUUCAUUUCUUGGCUACGGGAGGGAUCCUGGAGCAUCUGGCUGCCAGUCUUCUGUAAGGUCAGACAUUGGGUUGGCGAGUCCUGGUCAGUCAGUGACUACAUCAGGGAAGUCAGCUGCUCCGUUCUACUCCUUCACUGCGGCCAAUCCCAGAAGACGUCCUCUACAAGAUCCUCCGCCCAUCGAUCCUCUACAAACAAAAAAGGUUCGCAAGGUCCCUCCUGGCCUGCCUUCAUCUGUGUACGCACCGUCUCCAAACUCAGAAGACUUCAACAGAGAUUCACCUUCUUACUCUUCUCCUAAACCCUCCAGCAGUAUGUUUGCAAGCACUUUCUUUGAUGGUACCCACAGUUCGUCUGACCCGUGGAACUCGUCCAAUGGGAUCAGCCAGCCCGGCUAUGGGGGAAUGCUCGCAGGAUCUUCAUCUCACAUGCCACAGUCAGGAAACUACAGCAGCCUGCACUCACACGACCGUUUGAAUUACCCUGCACACUCAGUCUCUCCAGAUGUCAAUGCCAGUCUUCCUCCCAUGUCCAGCUUCCAUCGAAGCAACACCAGCACUUCACCAUUCGUCACCGCAGCGCACACCCCGUCCGUCAACACAGCCGAUGGGCCGAUCAUGGCUGCUGCAAAUCGGGGGAACGCCACUGGAAGCUCACAGACUGGAGAUGCAUUAGGAAAGGCUUUAGCCUCGAUUUACUCACCUGACCACACUAGCAGUAGUUUUCCAUCCAACCCGUCGACACCUGUGGGUUCUCCUUCACCUCUGACAGCCACAGCAGGCGCUGCCUCAGCAGGUACCGUGGUGACUGCUGCCGGCACCCCGUCUGGAAGGCCAGGUACCAACCAGUGGCCCCGCACAAGUGGACAUACCCCAUCCUCUCCAAAUUAUGAGAACUCCCUUCACUCACUGUCGCGAAUGGAGGAUCGUCUGGACAGAUUGGAUGAUGCAAUCCUUGUUCUGAGGAACCAUGCAGUGGGCUCCACGGCCAGUCUGCCCAGCGACAUACACAGUCUGCUGGGACAGGCACAAAAUGGGCCAAUAGCAGCCAUUGGAGCAAACUUCCCUGCAUCUGCAUUGGUUCCGAGUCGGACAGCAGCAAUGCAGGGUGGUGCCCACGCUGACGAUGCUGCCAGCCUGAACAACAGCCAUGGAGGACUGCCCAGUGCCGGCUCCACAUCCAGCGCAGAACUCAACCACGCAGUGGAAACAUUCAGAGGUCUUGCUGCAGGCCUGGCUAGCCAGUUGCCUAGCACCCUGGAGCUGAAGGUGGAGAAACAGGACAAGGACGACAUGCACGAUAGCCUCUCCACAGACGACAAGUCUGAUGACGAGAGCGAUAAAAGAGAUAUGAAGACACCCAGAGCAAGCACACGCACAAGUAUCACUGAAGACGAGGAGCUGAACCCGGAGCAGAAGGCUGAACGAGAGCGCGAGAGGAGGAUGGCUAACAACGCCCGUGAACGCCUGAGGGUGCGAGACAUCAACGAGGCCUUCAAGGAGCUGGGUCGCAUGUGCCAGCUGCACCUGAAAAGCGAGAAGCCCCAGACUAAACUGCUCAUCCUCCAUCAGGCUGUGGCUGUCAUACUUAGCUUGGAGCAGCAAGUCAGAGAGCGGAAUUUGAACCCCAAAGCAGCCUGCCUUAAGAGAAGGGAGGAGGAAAAAGUGUCUGGGGGCUCCGGUGACGCCCAGCAAGGCCACACAGGAGUCCAUCCAGGCCUGACUGACACAUCCAACCCCAUGGGCCACCUCUGAGCAGCAGACAGAUCAAAGUGAUGCAGAUCAUUUCUGUCCCGUUUUGAGUUGGUGACCUUGCUUCCCAGUGACAGACAGGACUCACAUUUUGUGACACCAAUUGGAGGAGACAGACCACUCGAAGCAAAACCACAAGACUAACACAAUCCAAUCCUAAGACUGAGGUAGAGCCAAGCAUCUAGCUCCCUGUGACCAGUUUCCAUCUGCAAAUUUCUCCCCACAAAGAAAAAUCUUCAGCACAUAUCACUGUCUGCAAGAAGUAUGUGGCUUCUGAACAAUCAGAGACUUCGCAAUCUCCUCGAACCGUAUGUGGAAAUUGCCUUGUGCCUAAACUGAAUUGACGAAUGCAUUGUAACAGCAAUUGUUUUUGUUUGUCUGUUUCUUUUUUUUCUAUUUAUUAUGUUAUUGAGCUAUAAAGUGUACGUCUAAAGGGAAAGUUAAGUAAGUUCAAAGAGAAGUAUGUGGCUUUUCAGUUGAUCUAUAGUUUGCCAGUGUCACCAUUAAAACUUGAGCACUCCACCCUGCUAAAUCUUUGGCUAGUCCAAGAUGAGGGAAAAAUAUUUGGGCACUGAAAAGAUUGAGAUUAAUUUAUUGGCCAGUUUAGAGUGAUAUUUAUACCCAACUGAAAAUGAUCAUUAGCUGUUAGAUCUGAAAGACUAAAGCACCCCAUUUAAAAAAAAAAAAGAGGAUAUAUUAUUUAUAUUUAUAUUUUAUUCGUUCUGCCACUGGCCACAUCUGUAACCAAAACUACCUACGUCUGUUUCUGCAUAGUUUAGAUCAGUUUCUGUACUACUGACCAGUGGAAUAAUAGGCCCGAGUACAUUAGCAUCAACAAUAUUGUCUAUAUAGGUGACAGACGAGUGGCAAACUCUAGCUUUACUGAAAGCUCCGAUUUAGUUGUGUUCUUUUUUUCCUCUGUAGUGAGCAGUGAAAACACAGAGAGCAAACUGUUUGCAAACCUUAGCAUUCCCUUCAUAUUUUUAGUGUCUUAACGAAAGGAAAAGUGGACUUUACUGCCCUUCGGUUCCUUUGCCAUAUAGUGUUAAAUGUAAGCGGUGACAUAUUUUUGCAGAUUCUUAUCUUUGUUUAGCCUCCUGACAAUUACGUGCUCCUGACGUCAGCACAGAAGUGGCUUGUGUUUUUUGUCAUUUUUCUGCCACCAGCUAAUCAGAGAUUGCUUAACGAAGAAGUAGUUUAAAAUGAAAAAACGACGACCACACUUUCUCCUGGCCUGAUGAAGAUACCACUUUUUUUCCAGUUUUCUUUGUUAAUAUCUCAAGACAUUAAAUUUCAAAAACAGUUACUCUGAGUAAAAUUUAGUUAUGCUUAUUUGUGUUGUAACAAGUCCUUCCUUUAGACUUUCAGCAUUACAAUGUCCAGUUUCAGUCAGCAGAGAGAACUUCUAAGUUAUUUUUCAGUUAUGUUUUCAUGCAAGCCGUGAUAUACUCAAUACAGUAAGCCAGACUAGAUAUUUCAUGGAUAUCAUACAACUGUAGCACAAUAAUGAACAAAAGCAGUUAACAGGAUUUUUCUUUUAUGUUUCAAGACAUUGGUCAUGGUUUUAUUUUGUUUUUCCCUAUCAGUGUGCAUGCUUUACAUUUCUCCUUUUAUUAAGUCUUUGGUCUUAAGACUUGCUUUAUAUUCCAUUUAUUUCUUUGUAUAUUGUCUUCUAUCAUUAUCUACACCUUAAACAAGGCUGCCACAUUCAGAAUGAGUAUUCUGUACAAAAAGGGACUUAAAUUAGAAUAAAGGAUGCCACGCCAAGAGUUUACAUUAAAGAUUUAUGAUUUAACAACUUUGUUUUAAUGAAAAAAACCUAAACAGUUUUUGUGUAUUCUCUGACUGAAUGUGGCCUUGUUCUUCAUUUCAGUAUUCACAAGCUUGUAUUCAUGUUGGCAGACUUUGAUUGAGGGUAUAAUGUACGCCACUUCCUGCUCUCUUACCUUCAUUUUUAAAUUUCCUGUUCUUCCUAUAUUUCUUUGCUCCUCUGUUUGCCAAGUUAGACUUUGCUGUAUUCCCAGAUGCUUUCCCUUGUAUAAUAUAUGAAAAAAAAAAGAAAAUCAAAAGAAAAAAAAACAUUUGGCUUAUUUUUCACUGUAGUUAGUCUUUUAUACAAUAAUACUGUAAGAAUAUUUCUUGAAUUCUAAAUAUUACUCUUUCUAGAUUUUUGAAAGCAAAAGUUUUGAGUAAAAAGUUUCUUACUUUAUUUUACUAUAUUAGAUAGUAAAAUGUACGGUUAUUUACCAUAACCUGUCCAUUACUACAAGAAAUUUACAAAUGGCAUCUCAAGAACAUAGAUGAAUUGUUGCUCGUAGUCUAGUACUAAAAAGGCUUCGUACGAGCUCCAGAUCCCUAAAAGUGCGACCUCCAUCCUAUUCUUCAGAGUCCGUUGUCGAUUGAUAAAAGAUUUGUUCUUGUGUCAAAUGAAAAAGGUAUUGUCGAUGCACAUCAUCAAAAAAAACUGCAGCAACGAGAAUUUGAAUUUUCUGUCUUUUUCAACAGAGAAACACAAUGUAUAUAACAUUUAUGUUGCAAUAAAUGUGCCAUCUUUUUUUAAACUCAGUUGUAUGUGCAUUUAUUUCUCUCACUGAGCAAACAUGUUUGUUUUUGUUUCUUUUGUUUCUCCAUAUUUACAUUUUCUCCUCUCCAUAAAGUUUUAUUUUAUGAGAAGGCACAGGAAAGAUGAAGUAGAGACAGCUCAGAAACCUGGGGGUUCAUUUAGACUUCCUUAUUGUUUCUUGCUUUCUUUCUUUUGUUUGUUUGUUUGUUUGUUUGUUUUUUAAGACAUUUCUACAGUGGAUUUAGGCCAAAUGAGUGUUUUAUAGUAUGUAACUCAUUUUUGAA